UUCAUUUCUGUCACUGAGGCGCAGCUGUUCCUCCGAGUGGCUGCGGCUGCUGCAGCUGCCUUCCUGUCACCUCGGUGUCACAUGAAGCAGCUCAGCGACGCUCUGAGGUAAACAAGCUGGUUCAGAAACUGCUCACAGGGUCCAACUGGACCCGUCUCCAGGAUCCGGGUCCAAUGAUGGCGGCAGGACCUGAAACUGACUCAGGAAUUUUUAUCUGAAUCAGAAAGUUCAGAGGAAACUGGAUUCUGGACCUGUCAGCCGGAUUCUGGUGCCUAAUGUGGAUUUCAGUGAAGUUCCAGACGGUUGGAGGUUUCAGAAGCUCUGAGAUGGUUCUGGUUCUGGUUCUGGUUCUGCAGCAGCUGCUGGUGGUUCUGUUGGUUUCCCAGCAUGCCUUGGGGCUCCAGGUGUUUGAGGGGGAGGAGUCUGUCCUGCUGCCAUGUGAGGUCAAACCUUCUGUGUCCAGUGGUUCUACGACAGUUUGGGACAGAGACGACUUCCGGAUCCCCACGGUCCAUGUUCGUGAGCCGGCUGGGGAUUAUCUGAAGGACCAGAACCAGCGUUAUGAAGGUCGGACCUCAAUGAUGGAGGACGCUCUGCAGACCGGAGACCUCAGUCUGACUCUGAGGAAACCCACCUUCACCGACAGCGGGACCUUCACCUGCACCGUCCGCAGGAUGGGAGAAGAUCUGCACCAAGGAACUGUGGAGCUGCAGGUCAAAGAUCCUCCUCCUCCUGUCUGGCCCUGGGUUCUCCUUGGGGUUCUGAUCCCCAUAGUUCUGCUGGUUGGUGCAGCUGCUGUUUGGUACUACAGAUGGAAAAAGAAGCACACAGCAGUGCUUCAGUCUGAGAUAGUGGAGAUCAGAGAGGGGGUGAAGUCUGUCCUGCUGCCCCUAAAAGCCAACAGAACCUUUCCCCAGGAUGUCAGAGUGGAAUGGACCCGUUCUGACCAGAACAUCAGAGUCCACGUGUUUGAGAACAGCCAGACCCAGCCUCAGGAACAGGAGAACAUUUAUAAAGAGAGAACAAAGAUGAGAGCAGAACCUCUGACUACAGGAGACCUCAGUCUGACUCUAAAAAGCCCCCAGCUGGAGGACAACGGGGUCUAUAAAUGUGUCGUCUACAGAGCAGGAGACCUGCUGCUGAAGAAAACGGUGACCCUGAAGGUCAAAGAGAGCCUGAUGGAGGAGGUGGAGGUAUCAAAAGGAGAAGACGUUGUCCGUCUGCCUUUUAAAACAUUAGAUGACCUUCCUGAAGAUGCAGAAGUUGUGUGGAGCCACUCUAACAAAACCGACAAAGUACAUGAGUACAAGAACGGUCAGGACCAGUUAGAGAGACAGAACCCAGAGUACCAGGACCGGACAUCCAUGAAUCCUGAUGCUCUGAUGACUGGAGACCUGACCCUGACUAUAAGUGAUCCCAGACUGGGAGACAGCGGCAUCUAUAUCUGUAUCGUCUACAGUAGUGAUGGGAAAAUACUGAGACGGAAGAUAGUGACACUAACUGUGAGAGUCUAUAAGGUGGAAAAGGUUUCUGUUGAGGAGGGAAAGAGGUCCGUCGUUCUUCCCUUUCAUGCAACACGUUGCCUCCUAUCUGAGGACAUCACUGUGGAGUGGAGACUCUCAGAUGUAAAAGACAUUAUCGUCUACAAAUAUCAGAGACGCCAUCACAUGCCAGCAGAGGACCAGGUUUAUGGAGGCCACACAGAGAUGAAUAAAGAUCCAUUAAUCACUGGAGACCUCAGUCUGACCAUCAGGGACCUCCGUCUGACUGACGGUGUUUAUACCUGCACCAUCUAUGAUGAGAAUGGAGAGAGGCUGCAGCAGAAGGUGGUGGUCCUCAUAGUCAGAGGUUUACAGAUAGUGGAGGUAAUAAAGGGGGAGUCAUCUGUGAAACUUCCCUUCCAAAUUCAACGUUUGGAGAACAAAGACAUCAGGGUGGAGUGGACCCAACCCGACUCAAAGGUCAUCACCUUUGAGAACGGAGAACUUCAGGUGGCCAAAAAGAGAAACUUUCAUAGAAGUAGCAUAGAGAUAAAUAAAGAUCUGAGUUCUGGAGACCUCAGCCUGAUCCUGAAGCGUCCUGGUUAUAAGGACAGUGGCCUCUACAAAUGUACCGUCUACAGUGGCCAGAAGAUCCAGCACCAGAAAAUGGUGAUGCUCAGGGUAAAAGAGCCUUUGGAGGGCAGCUUCAUAGAUAGACUAAGGUCACUGAAGAGGAGCAGGACAUCUGAUAUUUCAUCCCAAGAGAACGUUCCACUGAACUCCAGUUUAAACGCUUCGAUUCAUCCGGCCUGAAUUCUGGAUUAACCCUUUGAAAGGUGGAUUAUAAUCUGUUACUGAAAGAUGUGC